GUGUGCGUGACAGCGGACGCGCGCCGCGGCGGCGGCGAGGACGGCGGCGACGGCAGGGGCCGAGGGGGCGGUCGCUACGAGGCGGGUGCGGAGCGGGCGGAAGAGGCGUCUGUGCGGGCGGUGAGGUCGCAGAGGAGCAUCGUGGGGAUCAACGACUAUCAUCUGUUCUACAAGAUGAGUAACAGCCACCCUCUUCGCCCCUUUACUGCAGUGGGGGAAAUUGAUCAUGUGCACAUUUUGUCUGAACAUAUUGGUGCCUUGUUGAUUGGGGAAGAAUAUGGCGACGUCACAUUUGUUGUGGAAAAGAAACGUUUUCCUGCCCACAGGGUAAUUUUAGCAGCAAGGUGCCAAUAUUUUCGAGCAUUACUAUAUGGUGGAAUGCGAGAAUCUCAGCCUGAAGCUGAAAUUCCUCUCCAAGACACCACUGCAGAAGCAUUCACAAUGCUACUUAAAUACAUCUAUACUGGGCGGGCGACGCUGACAGAUGAGAAGGAGGAGGUGCUGCUGGACUUUUUGAGCCUGGCUCAUAAAUAUGGAUUUCCAGAGCUGGAGGAUUCUACCUCUGAGUACCUCUGCACCAUACUUAACACUCAGAAUGUCUGUAUGACUUUUGAUGUUGCCAGUCUCUACUCCCUUCCCAAGUUAACUUCCAUGUGCUGCAUGUUUAUGGACAGAAAUGCUCAGGAGGUGCUCUCAAGCGAAGGCUUCCUCUCCCUUUCUAAGACAGCGCUUUUAAACAUCGUAUUAAGAGAUUCAUUUGCAGCUCCCGAAAAAGAUAUUUUCCUAGCCUUGUUAAACUGGUGUAAGCAUAAUUCAAAGGAGAAUCAUGCUGAAAUCAUGCAGGCUGUCCGUUUGCCUCUGAUGAGCCUCACUGAACUUCUGAAUGUCGUGAGGCCUUCGGGACUGUUGUCUCCUGAUGCCAUUCUGGAUGCUAUUAAAGUUCGAUCAGAGAGCCGGGACAUGGACCUCAAUUAUAGAGGCAUGCUCAUACCAGAAGAAAACAUUGCAACUAUGAAAUAUGGCGCCCAGGUGGUAAAAGGGGAGCUGAAGUCUGCCUUAUUAGAUGGUGACACUCAAAAUUAUGAUUUGGAUCAUGGAUUUUCUAGGCACCCAAUUGAUGAUGACUGCCGUUCUGGCAUCGAGAUUAAGCUAGGUCAGCCAUCCAUUAUCAAUCAUAUACGGAUACUCCUGUGGGACCGAGAUAGCCGGUCUUAUUCAUACUUCAUUGAAGUCUCAAUGGAUGAACUUGAUUGGAUCAGAGUUAUUGAUCAUUCGCAAUAUCUGUGUCGUUCUUGGCAAAAGUUGUAUUUUCCAGCCCGUGUCUGCAGGUAUAUUCGAAUAGUUGGGACUCACAACACAGUGAAUAAGAUUUUUCACAUUGUGGCUUUUGAAUGUAUGUUUACAAACAAAACCUUCACUCUGGAGAAGGGGCUAUUAGUUCCCAUGGAGAACGUUGCAACAAUUGCUGAUUGUGCCAGUGUGAUUGAAGGAGUCAGUCGGAGCCGAAAUGCCUUGCUGAAUGGGGACACUAAGAACUAUGAUUGGGAUUCUGGCUAUACAUGUCAUCAGCUAGGAAGUGGUGCAAUUGUGGUUCAGCUGGCACAGCCAUACAUGAUUGGGUCAAUACGGUUAUUACUGUGGGACUGUGACGAUCGGAGCUAUAGCUACUACGUCGAGGUUUCCACCAACCAGCAGCAGUGGACCAUGGUAGCCGACAGAACUAAAGUCACCUGCAAGUCCUGGCAAUCAGUAACUUUUGAAAGACGGCCGGCCUCCUUCAUUCGAAUCGUUGGAACACACAACACAGCAAAUGAGCGAAUGGAAACCAGCUCCUGCGGCUUUGCUUCCGCCUACCAGCCACUCUGCAGAGACUUGGAGAGGUCAAACGCCCUGUCCUCAGAGUCCUCCGCCCUCCCAGACGUCAGCUGUCUCAGUGGUCCCUGGGCCCUCUGAGCAUGGUGUGCAAGGAGCCCUAGCCCCGCGGGGCAGCUGAGGCACACAGUUGCUGGUUUCUUCUGUCCGGCCACCCGGUCCUGUGCCAGCCUGCACCUAAGUGUUCUUGGGUGAGCCUCUUCCUCCCUGGCCUGUGCCUCACCUGGGCCCAGGCCUGGAUCCCGGGGCAGCAGCCAUUCCAUUGGGCUGCAGUGUUUGUGGAUGUUCCGUCACCUUUGGAUUUCACGAGGGAAGAGCGGGCAGGUUAUUCUCCCCACUUUGGGCUCCUGCGGUCAGGUCAGCAGGCAGGUGAGGUUCCUGGGCCUCAAACAUGCUGUUUUUCUCUGGAGAAGUGCACUGGGUUCCUCCAGAUCAGAGAGGAGAGGACAGUGCCCGCAGUGAGUCGAGAGCGUGAGAGAGGGCGCUUUGAGCACUUGCACCAGGGCCGCGCCAGGCACGCCGGGACUGGCCCCCCUCAGCAGGUGGAUCCCCGCUGGGCUCACAGAGGCACCUCAGGGUCCACUCACACCAUUUAAGGUGAGAAGAACAUCUGUUUCCAUCUUGAGCGCAAAAUAAUCAAUCCGUAAGUUAAUUAUUACUUAGCCUUUCUGUUUCUCAGGUGGGUGUAGAGUAAGCGCUGGUGCUGGUGGGUUGGAGUCUGGCAGGUGACCGUGCUGUGGGCUCCAUGUGCUCCUCAAGCUCGUGCUUUUACAGUCAGAUGUGCUUAGCAUGCACCCCUGAAGACCUGACCGCUGGUUAAAGACCGCAGUCAUAAGGAACAGUAAGGUUGAAACUCGAGGCAAUAAAUGAAAGGCAUAAAAAUAGUAACCGUCUUGCAAUUUCAUCUUAACAUGAACUUUCUCAGAUCUGUACAGGACCGGCUUCCUGGGCGUGUGACCAGGGCCGUUGCGUGGGGCUCCGCACCCAGAAGGGGGCUCAGAGCUUAGGGUUUAAUGCUCUCCAGCACCCUCUUGAUAGUCUUGGCAAUUUUACCUUUGAA